AUGUUCUCACCGGAGGCAUCGAUAGUCAGCCAGCGCAGCUCGUUGCGCGCGACCUCGAAGCGGCGCCAGCGGACGUCCGAAGGUCUGCAGCAGCAACCUCGACGCAAGCGCAGCAAGCUUGGCGACGAGACUUUUGUCGCCAAAGACGAUGCGCACAUAAACGGAAAUGGAAGCCUGUUGAUGAACGGACAUGCGGCACACGACAGCCCCGAAAGCUCGUUGGUGCUUGUUGACAUGCCCGUCCGCGAGAAGAAGGCAGCACCGAAGCGCGCCGUCAAGGAGGACAAUGCUUUGUAUCUGACGAAGAACGCGAACUACACGGUCAAGAAAUUGCCAGGGUUUCCCAAGGCGCUCCUGCGAGCACCAUAUUAUGCAUCUGCUCUUCCCUCUGCCGGCCUCGCCCUCGCUCUCACACACGAGCGCGCCCUGGUAUGGGACUACAACGCCGAAACCGCCUCGAAGAUCGUCUCCCUUUUGCUGCCAUUCGGGCUGAGAGCCUCCGACCCUCUACCACUGGGCGCUAUUGUUCGAAAUGGGCCUACCAACGAUUUCGGUGUCGUCGCAGUCGCGCCCUCGACGGGCAAGAUUGCGUUCUGGGAAAACAUCGAUGGGGCUGAAGCCCGCAACCUAUACCCGCAACGUCACCAGGGUGCAGAAGGAGCUGUGAAGCUGUACUCUGGGGAGGUCGUAAAUGAUAUAGUGGACAUCGAGCAUGCAGGCUUUGUUCUGAUCACCAGCAGCGGCAGACUUGCGCACUUGACGCUUCGAGAUUCGCAGGGCCGGCCGAACAUCGCUGCGACCAUUUUAAACGCGCCGAAUAGCUCCAACGGGAGUUUCUUCAGCUUUCGGGGACUCAUAGCAGGCGCGGUCCGGAAAACAAUUGCUUCGGUCAAAGCCCGCCCGUCAGACUCAAAGGGGCAGAUGGAGAUCAUCACAGUGACCAGCGCUGGUCUGUUUCAACAGUGGGAUCUGAACUGGUCAGGGCAGCACAACUUUGUGCGCGAGGUCGAUGCGCAAGCGGAACUUGCGGCCAAGGUCCAGUCCGGCGCUUCGCCUGAGUCCCGCAAUCUUCAAGAUGUUCAAGUGCUGGACUUUGCAAUUAUCGAGCAGCAACACUCGAACGCUUCUGUUGGGCUGUUAGUACUGGUAGCAUCGACGGGCCCGGAGUCUAUCGAUUAUUCCCUCCUAGAAGUGGACCUGUCCAGUACGGGCGCAACCAUCACCCGGAGGAUCCCACUCAGUUCUUUCCACCAGCCACAAAUUCCCCAGGAACCGACCGCAACCCUCCUACUUCCCCAUCCCGGACACACUGCAUACGUACAAUUCCCGGGAGCGAUAUGCGUUGCGUCCCUUGCCCGACCCGAAGAGACCCCCGACAAUCAGUUGCUCUUGGAUUCCGGAAACCCACCCUUGCCUUUUCAGGACACAAUCUACUUGCGCGAGGAGCCCAGCGUUGUAAUUGCUGGUCAUUCUUUGGGCGAUAAGAACACGAAAGAAAAGCGUGCUAUUGCUUAUCUAUUCGUACAAGAGUAUGGAGUCUUGCAGAUUACGCUUGGUAUCUUGAGCUCAUCGUAUGAGUACAUUGACAAGGUCACCUCGAGCAUGGACGACCAGUUUCAAAAGCGAGCUGCGGCACUACGUACUCUCAUCAAUCGACUUCUCUCUGAUUACCCACCGCUAUCAUUCGUCACCAAGUGGCGUCUGUUAUGGCAGGCUGAGAAACUCGCAGCUGCACACAAACUAUGGCUCUGGUACCAAGAAAAGCAGCAGGAUCAACUAAAGCACCCGGAACUGUACCCCGACAACAUCAUAGUGGGGGACAUAAUCAGGGCUUUGAAUGAACGAUACAAGACACCAAUCCGGCCAGAGCUUGGGGAGAACGACUUCAUCAGGCAGUUCUUUCUCAAAGAUGUGGAUUCGAUUAAUAUUCUGAUUCCCUGGGGUUGGUUCUUUCUGCGAACAUUCUACAUCAAGGACGGAUCUAAGGAGCAUCCACCCAUCAUGCAGCGCCUGAGUGAAGGCGGUGAUGUCAUGCUUGUCGCCUUGGAGGGCGCGUUUGAGUUUCGACAAGCCAACAUUGAGUCCUACGGCCUCGACCCAAGCGCACUUGAGGAUGGCAUUCUCAAACCUGGCCAUGGCUACGACAUUCUACCAGCAGUGUGGACUUCAUCCCACAACAUUGUCAGUUCGCUUCGCAGUCUUGUCGAUGUGGGGCGAAACCUGGCGGUUUCCAACUUCGAGGAAGGACACCAAGAGGCUCUAGCACAAAAAAUUGGCAAGGACAACCCGCGCCUCGUUAAGGUCUGUUGCCAGACGCACAUCGAGCGCUUCCAAUGGGCACUCGAGCAGAGCGAAGAGAAGCAGCGGGAAAUGGGGCGCAGCCUCAAGAAUGAAUGGAACAACAUCGUUCGUCCAGCGCAUAUCAUCGGUCUCAUGGAGAUCGGACUUGCAACUGAUGGUAUGAAGCUCGCCGAGCAGUAUCACGACAUGCCAACCCUGGUUGAUCUCGUCUGGGAUGAGACCAAUUGGCUGGAGACCGAGAAGGCCAACACCCGAAGCAAAAUGGAGCAAGCUGAAAGUACCGUGAAGCUCAAUCGCAUCAAGGAGCGAAUCAGCCGCUAUUUCGAGAUCUACGGAGACGACUGGGCUGAAGCUUUCUACUCCAAGUACAUCAAGGAGAACCAAGCCGCGCAGCUCUUCACAAAGGAGUAUCUCAAUCAGCCGGCACUUACCAAGUUCCUGCGAGCGGAGCCGUCUCGCGCCAGGCUGCGGUGGAUCAACGAGGUCUGUGGUGAGAAGAACUAUGAAGCCGCAGCAGCAGCCCUGCAUGAGGCGGGCUCGAAGCAAGAGACGAAUGCUUGGUGUCAACGAGUCGAGCUCUCCAUAGCCAAACUCGCGAUGCUCUGCAAGAAGGAACUCAAGGAGGAUGCGGCUCCACCGCCAGCACCCACUGAGUCAACCCAGCGAACCAAGGCGGAGCGAAUCCGUGACAACCGAUUCGUGAGCACUGCCUGUCAUUUGGAGUACGCCAAGAUACGAGAGGAGAUUUACGAGCAAAUGCUGCCCCACAUCAGAAAUGCGUUGGAUGACGAUUCCGCUGUGGAGCUUCUCAUGAACGAUUUUGGCCAGGGUCGCCUUGCACAACGACCUGCACUCCAGGCUGUACUCAGGGAAGGCUUUGAGAACCUCAUCCACCACAGAGUCAUUGAUCCUGCUCUCAUGAUCGAUAUCCUCACCCUCAUGGAUUCAGGCGAGAACGAGAGUCUCUUGCAAUCGAAUGAGUUCAUUUACGCCAUCCGCGUGUUGAUGAUCAACUGGCACGACAUCCAUAAGACUACGCGCGACGGGCUGUUGAAGCUUGUCUGGAAGCGACUAUGUAUCAAGGACGACUGGGCUAAGAUCAACAAGACGAAAGAGGUCUCAGAUGCGCAGCUCGAAGACUUCCUGCUUGACACGAACCUUGCUUGGGUGUUCCGGGAGAUCAUGCACCUUAACAGUGAGUCUCUACGGCUGCAUUUGCGAAGAACACAAGCUAACAAGAACGCAGCCGCAAAUCCGACCUCAAGAAUCGGAUGGCCCAAGAGGCUUCAGGAUAUCAUUGGUUCAGGUGGCACACACGGAGAGCUGUGUGUGAGGUUCUCUUCGGAGGACAUCCGCGACCCUAUCAUUAAGGACAACUUGCUCGACGACGAUGUCCUGAAAGAGCACAUCGAGCAGAACAGACUCGAUGAAUGGUUCGUCGCUGCUUGCGAGGCUGGCAAGAAAGCCUACCGAGCGGAGUGGAGGGGAGCGCACCAACAGCAAGUGCCCUCAAUCCAGGUCCAAGAGUAUGCCGAGCAGGCACAGACUGCCGGAGAGGUGGCAGAUGUGGACAUGCAAGAUUCAUAG